AUGAUAUACUCUAAAGCAAGCUAUAGAACAUUUCAAGAAGCAAGCUAUAGAACAUUACAUGAACCAAGCUAUAGAACAUUUCAUGAACCAAGCUAUAGAACAUUUCAUGAACCAAGCUAUAGAACAUUUCAUGAACCAAGCUAUAGAACAUUUCAUGAACCAAGCUAUAGAACAUUUCAUGAACGAAGCUAUAGAACAUUUCAUGAACCAAGCUAUAGAACAUUUCAAGAAGCAAGCUAUAGAACAUUUCAUGAACCAAGCUAUAGAACAUUUCAUGAACCAAGCUAUAGAACAUUUCAAGAAGCAAGCUAUAGAACAUUUCAAGAAGCAAGCUAUAGAACAUUUCAUGAACCAAGCUAUAGAACAUUUCAUGAACCAAGCUAUAGAACAUUUCAUGAACCAAGCUAUAGAACAUUUCAUGAACCAAGCUAUAGAACAUUUCAAGAAGCAAGCUAUAGAACAUUUCAAGAAGCAAGCUAUAGAACAUUACAUGAACCAAGCUAUAGAACAUUUCAUGAACCAAGCUAUAGAACAUUUCAUGAACCAAGCUAUAGAACAUUUCAUGAACCAAGCUAUAGAACAUUUCAUGAACCAAGCUAUAGAACAUUUCAUGAACGAAGCUAUAGAACAUUUCAUGAACCAAGCUAUAGAACAUUUCAAGAAGCAAGCUAUAGAACAUUUCAUGAACCAAGCUAUAGAACAUUUCAUGAACCAAGCUAUAGAACAUUUCAAGAAGCAAGCUAUAGAACAUUUCAAGAAGCAAGCUAUAGAACAUUUCAUGAACCAAGCUAUAGAACAUUUCAUGAACCAAGCUAUAGAACAUUUCAUGAACCAAGCUAUAGAACAUUUCAUGAACCAA